CUGGACUGGCAUGUCAGUCCCCCGACCGAGUUUUUCACGUUUUGGUUUGGAAGUUGCGAGUGGAGGAAAAAAUUCUCCUAAAAUAAUUUACGUACGCUUGCGAUGGCUGGAUUACUGUCCAUAUCGUCGCGGAAUGUACCGCGGAGUGUUCUGAGAUUGACAGUGAAGCCGCUCACGGAAAAUCCUGGUCAGCAGUUUGCCAGAAGUUCCAGGGCCUACCACCAGGGGCGUGUUCUGCAGAGAUUUCCCCGCCUUGUCGGGACUUUCGAGAGUGAGAAAAAGACACUCGUGGACUCACAAUGGAUAAGCCAACGCACCUUCCGCACGAGUUUCAUCCUCAGGAACUCGGAAAUUGUGACUGUUCCUCCCUUUGCGGACUCUGUCUCCGAAGGAGAUAUCAGAUUCACGAAGAAAGUGGGCGAUUUUGUGGCCGUGGACGAAGUUGUGAUGGAAAUUGAGACGGAUAAGACAACUGUGGGAGUUCCUGCACCGUUCAAUGGUAUCAUUGAGGAAAUCUUUGUGACGGACGGUGAUACAGUUCAGGCCAAGCAGAAGCUGUUUAGUCUUAAGCCUGCCGAAGGUGGUGCACCAGCUGCAGCAGCUUCCAAGCCAGCUGAGGCUCCAGCAGCAGCAGCUCCACCUCCUCCUCCUCCGCCACCUCCUCCAUCUCCAGCAGCUGCUCCCAAAGCUGCAGCUCCAUCACCUCCACCAGCUGCAGUUCCUCCUCCAGCAGCAACGCCUCCGCCACCGCCACCAAAACCAUCUGGGCCUGCUAGUCAGAUGCCCGUGGCUGCCAUUAGGCAUGCCCAGGCCAUUGAGGCGUCAGUGAAGGUGCCCCCGGAGGAUUACACGAAGGAAAUUACGGGUACGCGGACGGAACAGAGAGUCAAGAUGAAUAGGAUGCGACUGAAGAUUGCAUCGAGGCUGAAGGAUGCCCAAAAUACAAAUGCAAUGCUAACCACGUUCAAUGAGAUUGACAUGAGUAUGAUUAUGGAAUUCCGGAAGAUGCAUCUGGAGGCUUUUGUGAAGAAGUACGGCAUCAAGCUGGGCUUCAUGUCGGCCUUUGCAAAGGCAGCUGCCUAUGCUCUGCAAGAUCAACCCGUUGUGAAUGCCGUGAUCGAAGGCCAGGAGAUCAUCUACAGGGAUUAUGUGGAUAUUUCUGUGGCUGUGGCGACGCCAAAGGGUUUAGUUGUUCCGGUGAUCAGGAAUGUGGAGAGUAUGAACUAUGCGGAUAUUGAAUUGGCGAUUGCAGCAUUGGGAGAGAAGGCAAAGAAGGGGGCUCUGGCUGUUGAAGAUAUGGACGGAGGAACCUUUACGAUUAGCAAUGGAGGGGUUUUUGGAUCACUCAUGGGAACACCCAUCAUCAAUCCGCCCCAGAGUUCUAUUCUUGGAAUGCACGGAAUCUUCGAUAGGCCGAUAGCGGUGAAGGGACAGGUUGUUAUUCGACCAAUGAUGUAUGUGGCUCUGACUUAUGAUCACCGUUUGAUUGAUGGACGUGAGGCCGUGAUGUUCUUGCGCAAAAUUAAGGCGGCCGUUGAGGAUCCAAGGAUCAUUUUAGCUGGAAUCUAAAAUAAUAAAAAAGAAAUAUAUUGUUAAAGAGAGAAAGAAAAAAUCGAGAAAAGAAGCAACAUGAAAUUUGUGUGUUAUAGAAAUGGGUAAAGAUGAUUUCGCAUGAUAUUCGAACGAUUUUAGUGCUAAAAAAAAAUUAUUAAUGAGAAAGAAGUCAUUAAAGAAGAAAAGAAUUAAUUGACUACACUUAAAAGAGCGUGCAACAGUGAACUUCUCAUGGCAUCGAUUAGUGGUGAGAUGUUUUUAAUUUAAUUUUGCAAAUUUUAAUUUAAUGUGGCGUUCCUUUUGAAUUUAGUGAAGUUGAGUGUAAAAAAAAACGACUAUUCAAAAUUGUAAUUUCUUUUAAUCAUUUUUUGUUUCAACAUCUGAUUUUCAAUCUGUGUCUUGAGGAAAUGCCGAGGCGGGGAGUCACAAGUGAAUCUGUAAAAAUGCAAAUAUCUGAGGGAAUAUCAAAUGACCAUACAAGAAUACAGUAUGAAAUUAAUUAAAGUAUUUAUUUAGUUCUCUUUCUGUGGCGCUGUAAUUAAAGGUUCUGUUUGAACAGAGAAGUUUGAAA